ACGGCUUCCUGAUUCUGAAUCCUGAACGGGGACGGGGCCCUUGUUGGGGGGUUUGGGCGCCGCGCGUGCCUAUCCUAGUCUUGGAUGGCCGUCACCUUUUUGUUCAUAGAGGCGUGGCAGUGGCCGUGGCAGUGGAGGUUGGAUACAAUACAACAGUUAUUAUCUAGCCGUCCAUGGUGGUACGGAGUACUCGUGCUUGGUGGCGGAGGAGUACUCGGAGGAGGAGGAGGAGGAGGAGGCUGUAUCAUACAAGUCCGGUAGUUGCUGAGUUACGGUGGUAUUAUCUAUCCAGAGACUAGACCUAGAACCAGGAGACAUCUCAGAUCGGUCAGUAGUGUGAGUAGG